UGGUUCUUCGCCGUCUAUAAAAUCAGUGAAACCUAACUCCCUUUCUGUUUUUCCCCUGCACCCUGCAGCCUCCGCCGCCGUGCGCGCAGUUCUCCUAGCGAUGGCCCCCGUCAAGAAAUCGAAGAAGAAUGCCGAGAACAUCAACAGCAGGCUUGCUCUUGUGAUGAAGAGCGGGAAGUUCACUCUCGGCUACAAAACGGUCCUCAGAACACUUCGGGGCUCUAAAGCAAAGUUGAUUAUCAUCGCAAACAAUUGUCCCCCGCUCCGCAAGUCUGAGAUUGAGUACUAUGCAAUGCUGGCAAAGGUCGGAGUUCAUCAUUUUAGUGGAAAUAAUGUUGACCUUGGCACAGCAUGUGGUAAAUAUUUCCGAGUUUGCUGCCUCAGCAUCAUCGAUCCUGGCGAUUCCGAUAUCAUCAAGAGCAUCCCUGGAGAACAGUGAGAAACGCAAAUGGAUCCAACUUCAAAUUCCAUGUGAUUUUUGACAAUAUUACAUAUCGUUUCCUGGUCGACUAUUCUCUCAUUGUUUUAGUUGAUCAAAUUUAGGCUCCAAAUGGUUGCAUGACUUCAAUUCCAGUGUCUGGAAGUAGAAUUUCUGGAUAUUUUGUUAAUUUUCCUUGAUCAUAAGAUGUUUAAGUUGUCUAA